UAUGGCAGAUACGAUUAUAAAUUUUACAGAAUUGUAAAGUGAAUACAAAGAUAUGGCCUAAAUGAUCAUCCAAAACUUUGAAGCUACAUGUUUUGAUUAGAGAAUGGAUGCCUUUCUUCAAGGAAUGCUCAAUAAAGAUUGGGUAUAGGCUAUGACUAAUAGUCAUACUCUAAAGGGAUCUGCAGGGUAAAAGUUAAAUUACUACCCAGUUACAUCAAGGCUGGCCCAUUUAUAGAUACUAUAAAGAUUUUUUAGUAGUUUGUCAAAGAUCAUUGCAUACUUAUUUAAUAUCCUGAUAACCAGCCUGCUACUGUAGAUAGGCCACAAUAUCGUUUGAAAGAUGAAUUUGAUGAUGAAAAAAAAUUGUAGGCGUAUGAAUAUUUCCAUCCUAUAAUUGAAUAAGCACGAUUGCUCAAAUUAGAAAUGUCUAAAUACUCUGGUUCAAAUGUUUCUGAUAAUAUCUUUCUAGCUGAAGGUAUAAAAUAUAUGCAGUAUUUCAAGGAGAGAAGAUUAAGAAAAUGCAUGAAGAACUAAAAUAACAGAUUGAAGUUCAAAGAAGACCUUCAAUAAGGCAGAGUCAAAAAACAAUUCAAACUUAAUAGCAAAUCAAUUCUAUAGUUCCAGAUGCAGGUUCUAAAUAAGGGCCAAUGACUUAAUCAGUCUUAGAUGUUGUUGUUGUGGAUCAACCAUAAGGUGGAAACAGUUCAUGUUGUGAUAAAUGUGCAAUUUUCUGA